UUAAAAAUAUUAAGUUUUUGUUUUAUUAUUUUCAAGCAAACAAAAAUUCUAUAUAUAGGAAACAUUAUGUUAACUAAUUAAGUAUUCUUUACAAAAAUCAAAAUGUGGACUGAUGAUCUGUGUGACUAACUUUUACGACAUUGACGCACAUUUCUGCUGACCCAGAGUAACUAGGGGAUAAUCUCUUGGCUGAUCCUCGUGUGAAGCCAGCUAAGCUAACGGAUUAGGGUUUCGUUGAUUCAAGAGGGUAGAACGAAUGGUAUAAAACAGCUGGUUGAUCAACUGUAUCAAGGAGAGGGGCUGGCAGACGGAGUGGCCGACAUGUCCAACGACAGUAUUCAUUGGGAAGCGAGAUAUUUACCAGCAGGACCACCACGUAUGCUGGGAUGGAACGUUCCCCCUGAAGAAAUAAUCCAUAUACCGGAACAUUGGCUGGUCUACCCUGAGCCGAACCCCUCCCUUCAUUAUUUAUUGGCCCUCUUAUAUAUCCUUUUUACUUUCCUUGCCUUACUUGGGAAUGGUUUGGUGAUAUGGAUCUUUUGCGCUGCCAAAUCAUUAAGAACACCCUCAAACAUGUUUGUUGUGAAUCUUGCUAUUUGCGACUUCUCCAUGAUGAUCAAAACUCCAAUCUUUAUAUAUAAUUCAUUCAACACUGGUUUCGCUCUGGGAAACUUGGGAUGUCAAAUAUUUGCAGUAAUUGGUUCCUUAAGUGGAAUUGGUGCUUCGAUGACAAAUGCGGCAAUAGCAUACGAUAGAUAUAGUACAAUAGCAAGGCCGCUUGAUGGAAAAUUAUCUCGUGGACAGGUGAUACUAUUUAUUGUGUUAAUUUGGACCUACACCAUACCUUGGGCAUUGAUGCCUGCUAUGGGUGUAUGGGGACGUUUUGUACCUGAAGGCUUCCUCACCAGCUGCACCUUUGACUAUUUGACUGACUCAAAUGAAACACGAAUUUUUGUUGCCACUAUAUUUACAUUCUCUUAUGCUAUUCCAAUGACGCUUAUAAUAUAUUACUAUAGCCAAAUUGUCAGUCAUGUAGUCAAUCAUGAGAAAGCUCUACGCGAACAAGCUAAAAAGAUGAAUGUGGACAGCUUACGGAGUAAUGCGAAUACAAGUAGUCAAAGCGCCGAAAUUCGCAUAGCCAAGGCUGCCAUCACAAUUUGCUUCUUGUUCAUCCUCUCAUGGACUCCAUAUGGAGUAAUGGCAAUGAUUGGAGCAUUUGGUAAUAAAGCCCUUUUAACACCUGGUGUUACAAUGAUACCAGCAUGCACUUGUAAAGCUGUUGCUUGUUUGGAUCCAUAUGUAUAUGCCAUAAGUCACCCAAAAUAUAGGUUGGAACUACAGAAAAGGUUACCAUGGUUAGAGUUGCAAGAGAAACCAAUAUCUGAUUCACAAAGCACUACAACUGAAACAGUAAAUGCACCGCCGGCAUCGAGCUAGACUUCAAUUAAAACUCUUGUCUCUCAAAAGAGAAGAAAACAAAAAAAAACACUUGGUUUUAAUCGACACUUUGUUUCCACUCUGUUAAAAACACAUGAUCCUUGUAUAGCAACUGCAACUGCAAUAAAGCAAUUUCCUCGCAUUACUCAAUGUUUUUUUCACACAACUUAAGAGCUUUCUUUGCAGGUUGUAGUCUAUAUACGAUGUUGAUAGUAUCAGAUUGAUGUUAUAGGUUGAUACAACUGAUUAAAACUAUUCACCUAAGGAACAAAAACUGACAAGUUACAACUUUAUUUAUUUUUACAUAUUACUCGGCUUAUGACUACAACUGUAGGCCUUAAAGAUGUAGAAACAAAAUAUGUAUGUAACAGAUGACUAAAUUUAAUUAAAUAAUCUGUGUAACAAUCUUUCGUAUAAGUAUGAUAUAUAAUUAAAAAUGAAUUAUGUAUACCAAAAAUUUAAUAAUUUUAAUUAUUUCUAAGUUACUGACUCUAUCAGAUCAUACAUUUGAAGAUGUAUAUGAAAAUUGUUGUUUAAUUAGAAAGACAUUAAAACAUAUAUUAACUAAAUGUUAUUUAUAAUUCUUGAAUUAUUUAAUAAAACAAUUAAAAAACGAGUAAAAAGUUAUUUAAUUCUCAGACUUAUAUCAUUAAAUCAAUGAGUUAACAGGAAAACAUGUCUUUUUUCAAUACUCUUCUAAUAAACAUUAUAAACUGUACAAUCAUUUAAAUUUUUCACUGCUACCCUUGUGAACCGAUGAACUCAUUCAAUACCACAAAUGUCUAUGCAAUGGCUUUCUUUGUACUAUCUCAAUGCUAAUUCUGCUAAUAUAUCACUACAACAAUAAAUAAUAAAUCACGUUCUGCAUAUUUUCCUAGGAACUUUCUACUUCCAACUUUGUUAGUUUAUAGAAGACAUUGAUUUACUUAGAAAUUCCAAGCAACUAUCAGGUAUCAAGAUCCACCUUCAAAUAACAAGUAUUAAAAAAUGAUAGCAUAUAGAGAGGUGAACAAUUUUAUAAAGCUAAAUGAUAAUGGUGGCCAUAAUAGACCAUGAACAGUAUAACAUGGUAACAAUGUAAAAUAAUUAAUAUAUGUUAUAUGUACAAGAAAUUCUUAUUUAUGAGAAAAGUAUUAUAGAUUAGAUUGAAACAAAACAACGAUAUUAAUAUGUUCAACAAUAAUAAAAAAUAAUAUUUCGUUGACUAGAUCAAUAUGCAUGAAUAUCCAUUAACAAUAAUUAUUUGUUUUAAAUAAAGUAUUCAUUGUAUAAACAUUCUUCAUUGCUAUUAAAUAAACACAAAGUUUUACAGUAUUAAUACGUUUCAAGUAGUUUUUGCAUUCUCUGUUACAUCUUGAAUAUAAUUUUUCCACAUUUGUUCACGUCGAAAAUAAUUAUAAAAUAUUAUAAAUUAUUCGAGGCAUGAACUUCAGCAUAACAAUGACUCUCAAACAGUUGCAUCAUCUGGGAAUAUCCACCAUUCUUUCUCUUUACUCAGCAACUGUACAAUUACUCGUUUUCCUACAACUACGAUAACAAUGAAUAGAAAUGCCAUUACAGAUAUGUAUUUUACUGACGGUUCAUCUAAAAACGUAACAAAACAUCUCUGUUAUUCAACUAUAUAAAUUACAAUGAGAUUUAAGGGAGGUUAAGUGUUCAUCUCUCCCUUCUAAAAUUAGAAAACGAAUCACCGUUUAGAGUAAGAAAAAAAAGGAGAUGACCGAAUUUUUGAGCACGCAUUGUAAUUAUAUUUAUAAGGUACACGCGUUAUAACUUGUUUUUUAGCAAAUCUUUUUCGGCGAAGUUAAUUGAUUCCAAUAUUUUUAUAGUUAAAACAUUGCUGUAAAAUUUGAUUGGAAAACAUGAUGAAUACCGUGGCUAGACGUCGUUACCUGAAUGUAAUACGGAUGAUAUUUACGCUUUGUUUCUAGUCUACGUGAGCAUGUUAACACGUUUUUCUCUUAAUAUCUAAACAUCCGCGAAAUACGCUUCAACUCUUAAAAACGACUGAACAGAAUUCACAUACGGUUGUGCAUGUAAAUAUCCUCGGCUUCUAAAAAUCUGAUCCACUCUGAUAUUUGCAUUAUAAAGUAUUUAUAUAUUUUAUACAUGGAGAAACGUGAUCACGUAGAUACGACUCCCUUAAAAAUUAAU